UUUGUCUAUGAUUUUUUACCAAAAUUUGUUCAAAUUUGUAUUAAUAGUUUGGCUUUAAUUUCAGCUGUGAUGAUGACUUUUGUGCGCAUGGUAGCCCUUUCAGGCUUCCAGUCUGGAAAAGGAAGCACUCGAAUCAGUAAUUUAAUUUGGUUUCUGCUUGGAAUUUUGACCAGUUUUGGUCACAUUAUAUUCUUUCAUUCCUUUACUGUCUUCACUGGAAUGGUUCAGCUUUCAAUAUCGGAGGUUUUGUACUUCGUAUUAAACAUCAAGGUCUUUUCACUCAUAUUCUACGCUUUAGGUUUUAUAACAGCGUUUAUCUUAUUUCCAGUGAGUUUGUUUAUGUUACAAGUCUCUUUAUUUGGUGGAUUCUUGGGGUCUUUGUCUACCAUCUUCCCUCUGAUCGUGGCUGUUAAAAGCCCAGAAUUAAUGCCAAACAUAGGUGUAAAAAUCCUCUUAUAUAUCACUAGUGGUGCUUCGUGUUGCUUCUUUGGUGCCAUUAAGAUGAUUUCAAUUGGUUCAGUGACUGACCCCUUUGUGCUUGGAAACCCCUCAACCAAGAUGCUGUUCUUCUUGCUAGGACAUCCUGUAGGUGAUUUUUUAGCAACUAUAAUUGCCCCUGUUGCUGCUUUUUCUUCAAUUUUCAGGGUUUUAAACAACUUUACAACUGAAUCCAUUGUGUUUUUCACCUACAAACUCACAAUUAUAUUUUUAUUAGUGCUGAUUAUCAGCUUACUGAUUUUAUCAUCCACUAAUUACAGGGAUAGAGAACAUAGAGUCUGGAUGAAGACAAAUGUGAUUAGACAGCGUCAGAAAUUGUUCAGUUCAAUUCAACUACUCGUUCAUCACUUUCCAUAUGUCAUGUUAUCACUUAUUGUACUGUUUGCAAAUGGUCUUUUUAGCCUUUUUUCAGUGAUGUAUGCUAUUGAUGUGAACGAACUGUAUAACCCAAUGGCGAAGUCGUUUGUUAUAGUAUUCCUGAGAGAUUCUUUUGACUUUUUAGGCAAAUGCUUACAGCAUUUAAUCAAAUUUGACGCCAACAGUUUGACCUUACAAUCAACCGACUCAGAAAACUAUUUAGAACCAAAUUUCGAUAUUAGCGGCAGGGCCAAUGACAGAGUUAACGCUGGUGAGUGUUCAAGAAAGAAGUUGUUAACUCCUUUAUCAGUCGCAUGUUUAUUGGCAUUCUUUCAAGUUUUGAUAGUGCUACUAAUGUUUCUUGAAACUAGGUUUGGAAAGAUGCCCCUAAAAAGUUUUUUAUUCAGAUACAAUGUUGGAAUUUUCCUUACGAUUAUCAUGUCAGCCAUUAAGGGUUUUGUUAUUUCACACAUUUACACUCGUUUACUCAAUGACCCAGCAGUCAACGCUCAUACCGCCACUAAUGCUGUCAACUCUAAUACCAACAUUAACACUGAUAACACUAAUAAUACAAUUGAUGCUAUUAUCACGGAUCAUAGUGUUGACAGGGAUGAUGUAGUUGGAAAUAGUUUGAACGAUGACAGAAUAAUCAGCAGUUUCCUGACAUGCUCAUUUGGUCUGUUGCAGUUAAUUCCUUUAGCGUUUUGGACUUUUAUGGACUUAAACGUUAUAUUGUCGUUCAUAAAUAUUUCAAACAACACCACACUAACAAACUAA